CAAAGUCCCAACCUUUGUAGUUGAGACUAGAGAGAGAAAGAACCAACAAGGGUAGAGAGAGACUCAGAGAGAUGAGCGCACUGUGGACUAGCGGCGGGUACGUAGCUCGGAGAGCAGCUCAGAGGGAGAGGGUUCGGAUCCUCUACCGGAGAGCCCUCAAAGACACUCUCAACUGGGCUGUUCAUCGCCACCUCUUCUACCAAGAUGCUUCAGAGCUCCGUGAAAGGUUUGAGGCCAACAAGAAUGUGGAAGAUCCUGAUACAAUUGAUAGACUAAUAGCUGAUGGGGAAGCGUCUUAUAAUAAGUGGCGGCACCCUGAUCCUUAUAUUGUGCCUUGGGCUCCUGGUGGCAGUAAGUUUACUCGAAACCCAACUCCACCUUCAGGGAUUGAGAUAGUAUACAACUAUGGCAAAGAAGACAAUGACUAAACCUUGCUAGUUUUCUAUCGAAAUAAAUAAAGGCGAGCAACUUAUGGAUCUCAACCACUUUUUCAUGGAUAUUGUUGGCUAAUUAUUAAAUGAACAAGGCGAUGGAUUCUUACCACUUUUUAUUUAUAUAGCUAUAGGCACUCAAAUGGCUGUGAAAAGUAAUGAAUGUCUAAAUAAAAGAUUCAUAAAAUGACUUUUCUUUUGAUGUUUAUUCUAAAAUUGUUUGUCACGUAGAUUAUGAUGACCAGUGGCAGAUAAUUUUGAAGAUAAUGUUGGAGCCAGCAUCUUUGAUGUGUUUGUGAACAAAUUGUUGCUUUGAAAACUCUCGAAGUGCUGAGAUGCUUAGUUGUUAUUAUGUAUUUUGGUACAUGAUCUGUUGGAUGAUUUUGUUACAGAAACAAAUUUGACUGUGCGGCAUGAUGCAAAGAUGGUUGAAUUAACCAUGAAUGCUUUUUAAGUUCACUCCUUUGUUUGUUUCCAAAUAAAUAAAUUGCAUUUUCUUUUUU